AGAGCAGAGGACUCACGUCUCUAUCAUUUACUUGCCUGGGAAAGCGUGCUGCUACAGAGAGAAGAGAAGCACGUCUCGACUCUAUUUGUCCAGGUUCAUUUGCUUGUCCCCCGAGCUUUUCCAGCCAUGGCAUGGCAUGGCAUGGCAUGCCUGCUGCUGCUCACUUUUUAAGCGCCACUUCCAUCACUGAAGCAGGGAGCAAAACGAAAGGAAGGAAAGAGAAGCUGAUCUGCGAGUGGUAGUGCUAAUGGCUUCCGCGCGGGCAGAGUAAUCAAUUGUUGAAACAUUAGCUCGUCUCGUCCUCAAAGAGAAGAGGUCAUGGAAAGAGAAGACUUUAAGAAAGAGGAAGAUGGAUUUCCUCGGCUGCUAGAUUUGAUUCCAAAUGAAAGAGUGGUGCAAGAUGGAGUAGGAGGAAGAACAGUUGAGCAUUUAGAUGCCUCAGAAGAGAAGAAAUUGGAACUGAGGCUUGGACUCCCUGGAGGUGACCUAGAAGAAGAAGAAGAAGAACUCUCUAUUUUAUCUCUUGGUUUCAUCUCCAAGGCUUCAAAGACCUCCUCCAUUAAAAGAGGAGUCUUUAAAGCAGCUGAGUCUAAAAAUGAAGGGUUUCAGCAUCAAGAAACUGAAAUUUUGGGGUUGCAGAGCAGAGUUGGGACUGGGGUAUUCGAACAACAGCAGAGGCUUGAGAAGGAGAAAGCAGAUGGAGCUGGACCCAGCACUAGCUCCCAGACCAGUCCAUAUGCCAUGCCAUCAGCUGCUGCUGUACCGGUUGUUGGCUGGCCUCCCAUUAGAUCCUUCAGAAAAAAACUAGCAACUAAUUCAGGCAAACAAAGAAUGGAGCCGGGGACUAGAAAUAUAGAGGAAGAAGUGAAGAUCGAGAACAACAAGGGUUUGCUUGUGAAGAUCAACAUGGAUGGUAUCCCAAUUGGGAGAAAGGUUGAUCUGAAAGUCUAUGAUAGCUACGAGAAGCUCUCUUUUGCGGUGGAAGAUCUCUUUCUAGGCCUUUUGGAAGAGAUUGCAGCUCAAAAAGACACCUCUACAAAUGCCAGUCACAAGGAUGAGGAAGGCAGAAAUGCAUUCAUAGGCUUGCUGGAUGGCUCUGGUGAAUACACUUUGGUUUAUGAAGACAAUGAAGGUCACAGAAUGCUUGUGGGGGAUGUUCCAUGGGAGAUGUUUGUUUCGACUGUGAAAAGGUUGAGGGUGUUGAAAAGUUCAGAUUUUUCUUCGGCACCUUUAGGGUCGGUUCGCCGGAAAAGAACAGCAACAGAGUGUUGAGAUGGGUCAGAACGCCUUUGGGACUGAACUAAUUUCUAACUUUCUCUGGACUUAAAAUCAAGCCAUACUGGAAUUUGUCAACGGCAAUUGCUUUAUCAAUGGGUUGUACAUGUUUCAAUUGCAAAUGCAGUUUAUCUGUUUGGUUUUUGAAUAAUUA